CCGCCGCCCGGGGACAUGCAGGGCGCCCCGUCCCGGCGGCAGGCUCCGCGGGGGCUGCCCCAGAGCCGCCGGAGCCCCCCGCAGCCCACCAUGACGGGGCCGAGGCUGGCGCUCGCCGCCGCGCUCCUCUGCAGCUGCACCUCGCCGGUGGCCGACGCCAGCUCCUGGUGGUCUUUGGCCAUGAACCCCAUCCAGAGGCCCGAGAUGUACAUCAUCGGCGCUCAGCCCGUCUGCAGCCAGCUGCCGGGGCUCUCCCCCGGGCAGCGCAAGCUGUGCCAGCUCUACCAGGAGCACAUGGUGUUCAUCGGCGAGGGGGCCCGCAGCGCCAUCAAGGAGUGCCAGUACCAGUUUCGGCAGCGCAGGUGGAACUGCAGUACAGUGGACAACACCUCCGUCUUUGGGCGGGUCAUGAAGAUAGGUAGCCGAGAGACUGCUUUCACCUACGCCGUUAGUGCUGCCGGGGUGGUGAACGCCAUCAGCCGGGCUUGCCGCGAAGGAGAGCUCUCCAGCUGUGGCUGCAGCCGGACUGCCCGGCCCAAGGACUUGCCCCGAGACUGGCUGUGGGGCGGCUGCGGGGAUAACGUGGAGUACGGGUACCGCUUCGCCAAGGAGUUUGUGGAUGCCAAGGAGCGGGAGAAGAACUACGUGAGAGGCUCAGAGGAGCAGGCGCGCAUGCUGAUGAACUUGCAGAACAACGAGGCUGGUCGCAGGGCAGUGUACAAGCUGGCGGACGUGGCCUGCAAGUGCCACGGCGUGUCAGGCUCCUGCAGCCUCAAGACCUGCUGGCUGCAGCUGGCCGACUUCCGCAAGGUGGGCGACCUGCUGAAGGAGAAGUACGACAGCGCCGCCGCCAUGCGGAUCAGUCGCAAGGGCAAACUGGAGCUGGUGAACAACCGCUUCAACAUGCCUACGCAGGAGGACCUGGUCUACGUCGACCCCAGCCCGGACUAUUGCCUGCGCAACGAGACCACCGGCUCGCUGGGCACUCAGGGCCGCCUGUGCAACAAGACCUCGGAGGGCAUGGAUGGGUGCGAGCUGAUGUGCUGCGGACGGGGCUACGACCAGUUCAAGAGCGUCCAGGUGGAGCGCUGCCACUGCAAGUUCCAUUGGUGCUGUUACGUCAAGUGUAAAAAGUGCACAGAGAUCGUUGACCAGUACGUCUGUAAAUGAAAAGAGCCACCAAAGCAACAAAUCUAUAUUAUAUAAAUCUAUAUAGAUAUAUUUUAUAUUUGUAUAAAUAAACAGAUGAUGAUAAUAAUUAAAGAAGCUUAUUUAAGAGA